UUGUCAAAUAUCACAAAAAUAAAGAAAAUCUGUUUAAUUUUAUACGAAAAAGAUUAUUAACAUGCCGAAAAAGUUUGUGGGUGAAAACAGUAAAGCGGUAGCCGCACGGGAGCGGAAGGAGCUUGCAAAGCAAGAAAAAGAUCAAAAACUUAAGAAAAUGAUAGAAGAAUCCGCUUGGCAAGAUGACGAUGAUAAGUUGAAAAAGAAGAUGCAAAAGAAGGAAGAAAUGGAGAAAAAGCGAUUGGAGCAAUUAAAGAAAAAAGCUGAAGCUAAAGCACUGUUGGAACAGGAGAUGGAAUCAAUUAAAGGCAGUGUAAAAGCAGCUCCACAACCAAAGAUAACUCGAGCACAAAUUGAACAAAUAAAAGAAAGGUCUAUGAAAGCAGAGCCUGAAAAACCUGUGCCAUCAAGAGUUGUAGUUGAAGAACCUCCACUAGAAGAGAAUCUAAACAGGUUGCAGCUGGAGGGUGAAGUGGCGCAAUCAGUAGAUGAAGCUAUCUCCAUAUUAAGUGACAAAUUGGAUACUGAUAAACAUCCCGAGAAACGCUUAAAAGCAGCAUUCACAGCAUUUGAAGAAGUUAAUCUGCCUAGAUUAAAGGCAGAAAAUCCUUCUUUGAGACUGUCCCAACUUAAACAGAUGCUCAGGAAAGAAUGGACAAAGUCUCCACAAAAUCCAAUCAAUCAAAAGAUCUAAACUUGUAUAAUUUGUAUUAUCUGAUAGCCUGAGGCUGAAUUUUGUUGCAUGUUUAAAAUCAAAGCUUUUUUAUUUUCAAAAAUUAAGACGACAA